AUGGUUGUGGUGGAAGAGCAGGAGCAACAGCUACAAACAGCGUGUUUAAAUUGGGAUAAUAGUGUUCAUCAAAUCAAAAAUAAUUCUUCAAAAUUGCUACAAAAUGCACAAAGAUAUGGCAUUGACACGAUGCAAGUGGAACUUGAUACAACAGAAUGCAAAGAAAAUGUGAUAAACCAGACAGCUACGACACUCAGCAUUGAUUCAGAAAAUGUGCUUGUAAAGAAACGUUGUAGUGACUCGUUAGACAACGACAAAGACUCUAACAAAACUACACAACAUUCGUGUCUCGAAAAUGGGUUGAGCGAUAUAGCAGAGACUAAUGCUACAGGAAAUGAAACUGUGAUGGAUGUGGGCGUUAACAAUGAAAUCGAGUCAGUGCCUAUUUCUUGUGAUGCUGAAGACGACGUCAUUACGCAGCAGUUAAGCACGGAUUUAGCAGCUUCUACGAUUGGAAAGCCUAUGGAGAUGGCAUUAACUAGCGAAAAGAAUGCUGAGAUGCAUAUUGAUGCGAUAAAUGAUUGUACAGUGCGUGAUGCUACGGUUGCGAUUGUUCUUGAUGAGUUGGUGACAACAUUGGUAGAUAAUGCAGCGGUUCCAGUGAAGGACUUAGUAUCUGUCGAUGCUGCUGAUGUGAAAACCCUACAAAGUCCAGUCAUCGCGCACCUAAGUGCUGACGAAGCUAUGGAAUUAAUUGAAGUGCACGUAGACGAGGAGAUGCUACCUGAUCCCAGUGCUGCUAAUUGUGAUGUCAUGAUUGAUAGUCGUAAUUAUCAGUGGUUUGAUGGAGAAGAGGAUAACGAAGAAGGAGAAACAAUAGCAAUAGGACCCUCUCUCCUUAGCAUAACAAAUGAUGGAACUGAUGAUGUCUUUGGUCUUGAAAGUAUCGAUCUUGCAGAAGCAAAAUUGCGACUCGAUGACAAAGACGACGUUGAUAGUGACGGAAGUGGCGAUACCCUGCGAGCGUUAAAAAAGCGUCGGACUUCCGAAAUAAAUGGUCCUUGCAACAUUUCAAACCACGAAGACAAGCGAGUGCGUUCAGAACCGAAAAAAGAGCCACAACGGUCGUCGUUGAAGCGUAAGCGUAAAAUUUUUCCGCCAGUAAUACCUCCCGAGUUUGCCAUUUUUCAAAUCGAAGCACAAGAUCCAAUUCUUCGAGGCACAUAUGGUGUACGGAGCAACCGUCGUGCUUCAUUUAUCGGAAACUGGGGCUUUUCCAUAGAAGACUUCAGAAAUCCUGAAAAAAUUAGCCCAUUUGAGUACACUUUACGCACACGUGUGCAGCAACCGCGUCGUAAUGAUGAUAAACACCCGGUGUCUGGCAAGUACGGAGGAUUCUUUAAACUGCGUCAGUUUAAUGGAUCGCUCGUCAAAAGUAAAAGCGCAGCGAACAAUCGCUACAGUUGCACUACUUACUGUGAGAUAAACUCCCACGUUGUGGCAAUCAUAGUGGAAUCCCGUUUUGUUGUUUCACUCGUUGACCUAAAUGAGUAUCGCAACCAUGAAAUUGCUGCGUUUGAAAAUUAUAAGUUUCAUUUCCGUAUCGAACACGAAAGUACCAAAUCCUUGGAUAACAUUCACGUCCGGUAA